AUGGGUCAUGGUGAAUUACGAUCAAAGAAACGUCAAAUAUCCGCUCAAUCUUCAUCGGAAAAUCGCAAUUCAAAAGAUUCAGAAAUGGAUGAGGAUUCAGAUGAUGAAUUAGCUGCUGCAGCUUCAGCGGAAACCAGCGAUUCGUUAAGUUCGGAGGAUGAUAAUGGUGAUGAUGACGAUUCAGAGGAUGAAGUACCUUCUGUAAUUUACAAUCAUCCUUUAGUAAACGAUUUACUAGAUCGAUUUAUGCGUGCUCAAUUACGAACUGACACAAAUGUCAAUAAUGCCAAUAAUGACAAAAAUGCUGAAACGAAAGUAACAUUAGAGCCAGCACCAAUUCAUGCUGUGGAUUUGAAAUUUGAUGAACUUCGACAACUGUGUGAUCUCGCUAUAAAUUCAUUCGCAAAACAGAAAUCGUUACUUCGUAUCGGAAUUGAAAUGCUUCCAAUAACGAUAUGCGCUGAUACUCACGGACAAUUCCGAGAUGUCCGAUGUAUUUUGAGCACAUGUGGUAAUCCAUCAUCACAAACUUAUCUUUUUCUUGGCGAUUAUGUUGAUCGUGGAUCUCAGGGCAUUGAAACAGUAACAAUGUUAAUGUGUUUUAAAAUAAAAUAUCCUACACGAGUGUAUAUGUUACGGGGAAAUCAUGAAGAUGCUAACACAACAUUAAUUUAUGGAUUUUAUGAUGAAUGCAUCACUCGGUUUCCGAAUGAUGAAGGAGAAUUG